AUGAGGCUUCUUAAGACAACUAAGAACGGCCCGAGUGGCUGUCCGGUUCUAUGGCUCCUUAUAGCCGCUGCCAUCUGUUUCAUAGCCUCCUCUUCUUCGUUCUCUACGGCUGCGGAGGCCGCCGUCCACGAACAGACAGACGAUGACACUGACGCCCGCCCGCAGGCGGAGCUGUCUCACUCUGACGAAGAGAAGUCUGAUGAACGCGAAGAUGCCGAGAGUGAGGAUGACGAGUUAGUGAAGGCAGAUAAUAGCGAUGAAAACGAACAUGAUGUUGAUGACCAUGCGCCUACGGACGCAGGCGAUGAAGCCAGCCCCGAAGAAGACGACGAAGAGGAUGUAGGAGAACCAAGCAGUGAUGAGGACGAUGAGGAUCUCAAAAACGAUGAGCAGGCGGCCGCCGAAGAAACAGAUAAACCAGAUGAUGGCAAGGAGGAUGGGGAUAAGGACAAGGAGGAUAACGAGGAAAACGACGAUAAGGAAGUACAGGCGGACGAAGAGGAAAAACCAGAUGACGAUAAGGAAGACGACAAGGAAGAGGAGGAUAAGGACAAGGAGGAUAGCGAGGAAAACGACGAUAAGGAAGUACAGGCGGACGAAGAGGAAAAACCAGAUGACGAUAAGGAAGACGACAAGGAAGAGGAGGAUAAGGACAAGGAGGAUAGCGAGGAAAACGACGAUAAGGAAGUACAGGCGGACGAAGAGGAAAAACCAGAUGACGAUAAGGAAGACAACAAGGAAGAAGCGGAGGAUAAAGACAAGGAAGAUGAUGAUAAGGAUAGGGAAGAUGAUCCGGAUAAGGACGAUGGGGAAGAGCAGGCUGAAGACGAGGAAAAACUAGAUGAUAAGAAGGAAGAAGACAAGGAAGAAGCGGAGGAUAAGGAUAAGGAGGAAGAUGAGGAUAAGGUCAAGGAAGAAGCGGAGGAUAAGGAUAAGGAAGAUGAGGAUGAGGAUGAGGACAAGGAAGAAGCGGAGGAUAAGGAUAAGGAAGAUGAGGAUGAGGACAAGGAAGAAGCGGAGGGUACGGAUAAGGAAGAUGAGGAUGAGGACAAGGAAGAAGCGGAGGAUAAGGAUAAAGAAGAUGAGGAUGAAGACAAGAAAGAUGAGGCUAAGGAAAAGGAAAACGAUGAGGAUGAAGAUGGGGAAAAGGGAGAGUGGCAUCCUGUGGGUCCGGUUUUUUCGGGCCGGCCGCUGCCAGUUUCGUCGCCAUCUGGAUGGUGGCCAAUCCCCUCCUCCCAGCCGCUUGCGCAUCGAACAUGGCAUCCAGCAUCUGAGUGGAGGCCAGUGGCAUCUUCAGUCUCCUCCUACAGAGCCCCUGUCCACACCAGCGUCUCCCCGAUAUCUACAAGAAAGCCUGUGCCUACGGUCUACAACACUCGACCCUCGGGCCAGCAUCUUGCCACCAGCCAUUUCCUUCCGACCUCGUCAGCGCAGAUAGUGCCGGGAGGAAGCCACUCGACCCAUACAAUUCCAAGUGCUACAUGGGUUUCCAGUUCGCCCUCCAACACCACAUACCUGCGUCGACCCUUUGGCUCGUCUUCCUCCGCGUACCGCAUCCUGAAAAACGAUGAUACGAAGCACAAGAAGAGCGACACCAAAGGAAGCAAAACUGAGGAGAAAGAACUAGACAAGGACGAGUCUGAGGGAGAAAAAGAGGACAGUAAGGAAGACAAAUCUGGAAACGACGAACCUCAACAGCACGAGCAGAAGCCUCUUGAAGAAGCGGAGAAGUUCCUGGAGACGACGAAAGAUGCGGCGAGCGAAAAAGCGGAGACAACUGUAGAGAAAACAAGGGAGGCAGCUUGGAACGCUAUCGGUGAAGGGAAGUCGCUUCUGGAUAUAGCUCGAGAAACCGCUCAAGGACUGCAGAAGGCAGUCUCUGACGGACUCUUGGAACUCCGCUCCCGCGUGCACAAGGGUGGCAAGAAACUGAAAGAAUACAUAAAAGAUUCUCAUCCUAUGCUCACUGGCAAUGCUGAGGCAAUCCGCGAGCGCGCCUCAGAGCUUGUUGAUAAGGUGAAGGAUGCGAUGCCCGACUACAUGGACAGAAGCUAA